AUGGAAUAUGUUGACAAUGCUAAAAAUAAAGUGAGCAAUUUAUGUCGAAAACAAUAUCAACAUAAUAGACAAGUAAUAAAGCAAAUCGAAGAAUCCUUAACGAACUAUGAUAAAAAUCAAGCUACUGAAUGUAACUUAUCAUUAGUAGCUAGUCAAUUAAUUUGUGUUGGUUCUCAAGAUGAUCCAACAGUUAUUGUUACAAUUUCUAUUGAUAACUAUAUUUGUAAUCAACCAUUUGCUAUUCUUGAAAGUUUAAGUCAAUUUACUGAAGAAGAAGAAAUAUUAUUUUCAACAGGUGCAAUAUUUCAAAUUAAAAAUGUUAAAUAG